GAUGCAUUUGCCGCAGCUUACCUCGGGCUCCAGAUCAUGGUGAUACGAGACAAUCCUUCCCGCUCCCUUCACAAUCAAGGUGCGGGGAGGGAUACCCGAGGCCUGCUUAUACGAUUUUUAUACCUGUUCGCUCGUGAAUUGCGUGUCCUCCGAGGGAUCAGACCCCUCUUGGGUUGUGAAUAAUCCCGGGGCAAAAUGCAGUGGGUGUCAUCCUCGACAGGGGACAAUCCGAGGUGUCAUCUGCCCUUUCCCGCGGAAUAUGAGCCACCCCGUUUACUGCUGACAGGAGGCUGUGAAUAUAACAGCAAUCAAAGACUUAGGCUGAGUGGUCUUUCCUUGCUUUUGCUCAAGUUUCUCUUUUCUUCUCCUUCAUCUCAGAUCCCAAACUGUAAAAUUAGUGCCCAUCUUGCCUGAGCCGAAAACCACGGGUUACUUUUGAAAAUUCCCCUGACGCAGAACUGAUCGACAUGGGCUCCAUCGGCGCCUCGUUCGACGUCUUCGAUGGCUUUUACAAUACCAUCAACGGCAAGUUGACGUCGACCAAAGAGACCAGACAUAGUAUCAACCCGGCAAAUGGCAAGCCUAACGCUGAAGUGCCGGUGUCGACGCAAAAGGAUGUCGAUGACGCGGUAGCAGCCGCUAAAGAGGCCUUCAAGUCGUGGUCCAAGACGCCUUUUGAGGAGAGGAAGAAGGCAGUGUUGGCUUUUGCCGAUGCUCUUGAGAAGUAUGAGAAUGAUUUCGGGAAGUUGCUCACACAAGAGCAAGGAAAGCCGCUUCAAUUCGCAGUCGGAGAGGCCAAGACCGGCGUGCACUGGCUGCGUGCUUUGUCCAAGCUAGAACUCAAGGAUGAGAUCGUGGAGGAAGACGACGAGAAGCAGGUCAUCGUCCGAUACACGCCUCUGGGUGUCACUGUCGGUAUCGUGCCGUGGAACUUCCCCAUCCAUUUGGCUUGUGGGAAGAUCGCGCCCUCCGUCCUGACAGGGAACCCGAUCAUCAUCAAACCUUCCCCGUUUACUCCAUACUGUGACUUGAAACUCGGCGAGCUGGCCCAGCAGUUCUUCCCACCUGGCGUGGUCCAGGUCCUGAGCGGCGACGACAACCUCGGCCCCUGGCUAACCGCUCACCCAGGCCCGGACAAGAUCAGUUUCACUGGGUCGACUGCUACAGGCAAGAAAGUGAUGGAGAGCGCAGCUAAGACCCUGAAGAGAGUGACUCUGGAGCUGGGCGGCAAAGACCCUGCUAUCAUUUGCAAGGACAUUGAUAUCAAUGCCGUUGCGCAGAAGAUUGCCACGCUCGCCUUCCUCAACUCGGGUCAGAUCUGCUUGGCUAUCAAGCGCAUCUACGUGCACGAGUCAAUCCACGACCAGUUCCGCGACGCCAUGGUAGCCUUCACGAAGACGCUCAAGGUCGGCGAUGGGUCCGAAGAAGGUGUUUUCCUCGGCCCUGUCCAGAACCAAAUGCAAUACGAGAAGGUCAAGACCUUCUUCUCCGACAUCGAGAAGGAGAAGUGGACUGUGGCCGUCGGUGGUAAGAAUGAGGACAAGCCUGGCUACUUCAUCACUCCAACCAUCAUCGACAAGCCGGCCGAUAACUCCCGAAUUGCCACGGAGGAGCCAUUCGGUCCUAUCGUCCCUCUCAUGACGUGGACUGAUGAGGACGAUGUCAUUGCUCGUGCGAACAACACCAAGAUGGGCCUUGGCGCUUCCGUCUGGUCAAACAAUCUCGAAGAAGCCACGCGGAUUGCCAAGCAGUUGGAUGCUGGCAGUGUUUGGGUCAACACUCACCUGGAGGUCGACCCAUAUGCUCCUUUUGGUGGCCACAAGGAAAGCGGUAUCGGCUAUGAAUGGGGUAUUGGCGGCCUUAAGGCUUUCUGCAACGUCCAGAGUCUUUUCUUGAAGAAGAAGACUUCGGCGUGACUGCAGGGACGUAGCCGGUUAUGACAGACUAGUAUCAUCUGAAAUGAAAGCAACAUGUAUUUGAACUUGAAGCGCUUCUUAAUCCGAAAGCAAUCAAAAGAAUUUCGUAAGC